AUGGAUCCAAAAUCGAUACACGUUGCUGUCAUUGGAGCAGGCAUCAGUGGCGUGGUUACUGCAGGACAUCUUCUUGCUUCUGGAAUUCAGGUGACUGUCUUCGAGAGAAGCAAUGCAGCAGGAGGUGUAUGGCUUUAUGAUAAGCGCACACCGAUUGAAGCACAAUAUCCAUCACCCAGACCAUCUGUGUCGCAAGAGUAUGUCAAAGAUGACAGAGAAGGUCGAGAAAGGACGGUUUUGUUACAUGCGCCUCCCGGGCCAUGCUACGAAAGUCUCACCAAUAACGUGUCUACACCGUUGCUCCAGACAACGCUCAAUGAUUGGCCUGAAGGAACUGAGCGGUUCGUGAGACAUAGCGUGCUCAAAGACUAUAUCCAAGAUACCGCUCAGAAAGCUGGUGUUGAUAAUGUCACUAAGUUUGGAGCUCGGGUCGAUCGAGUGCGCAAAAAUGGGUCGUCAUGGGUUGUCCAUUGGAGCACCCUGGAUAGCUCAGAUCAAGAGGCGUUCGACUCGGUGAUCGUUGCUUCAGGUCACUAUCACACACCUCUUGUCCCAGAUAUUGGAGGACUCGCGGAAGCAAAGUCCCAAUGGCCUGCUCAGAUUUUCCACUCAAAGUCGUUCAGGCGGUCAAAGGGAUUAGAAGGAAAGAAUGUUCUUUUGAUUGGAGGAGGUGUGUCUGCUAUUGACAUAGCCAAGGAGCUUAGUCCCACGGUAAACCAAAUCUUUCAAAGCACCCGGAAUGGUGCUUUUGAUCUCCCCGAAAGUGCACUGCCAGCCAAUGGCCGCCGAAUCGGUGAAAUCAAAGAGUUUAAGGUCUCUGCCUCGGACCUUCCAACUGAGCACUUGCCAUUGACCGCGCACCUCAAGUCUGGGGAAACCGUAGGCGAGGUCGACAUCAUUAUUCUCUGUACAGGAUACCAGCUGGCCUUUCCUUUCCUUGAACAGCUCAAUGACCACAGCUUGUCCGCCACCGAGGCUGACGAGACUGUACUUGUGACAGACGGCACCCAAAUUCACAAUCUGCAUAAGGACAUAUUCUAUAUCCCCGACCCUACAUUGUUAUUUGUCGGCAUACCAUUCUACACUGCAACUUUCUCCUUGUUCGAGUUUCAGGCUAUCGCAGUGGCAAAUUUCCUCUCUGGUGUCGCACGCCUUCCACCCACUGAGAGCAUGAGGAACGAGUAUGUGAAUCGCCUCAAGGAGAAGGGAUAUGGCCGAAGCUUUCAUUCACUCAAGGAGCAGGAGCAGCCGUACGUGCGUGAAUUGUUGGAAUGGGUUAAUUCCGGGAGAGCCGACAACGACCUACCCCCGAUUGAGGGACACACUGAGGCAUGGGUUCAGGAAAGGGUUGCUUUGGGAGAAAGGCUUAAAUUAAUCCUUGCCGGGCAGCUUCCAAGGGCAGAUGUAUUCGAAAGUCCAUUGGCCGUGCAGGUCGCUGUUUGA